AUGGUGGCGUACUGCAACGAAUUCUGCAAGCUCGAGGACAAGUUCGAUGGUCUGGAACUCAACCACAUCGCAAGACGCUUCAACGAGGCAGCUGACGAGUUGGCAAAGGCAGUGUUCGGUCGAAAGCCAGUCCCCGACGGUAUCUUUAUCAGUGACCAGUACAAGCCCUCGAUCCGCUACAAGGAGCCGGGAGAGGCUGGCAAUGCGCCACCUAUCCUGGACUCGGGAGCCGACCCGAGAGAGGUUGGCAACAUGCCACCUAUCCUAGACUUGGGGGCCGAUCCCUCUGACCCCGAGGUCAUGGAAAUCGACACGAACCUAGCAGAGGGGCCUGACCCCCCGCCUGACUGGAGAACCCCGUACCUCGAUUACCUCAUCCACGAGUCACUCCUGACGGAUAAGACAGAGGUACUCCAGACCAUCCCCAUCAUGUGGCCCUUCGUGGUCUGGGGUCUGUGUUGGGAUACGAGGUAG